UGUGGGUCGGGGAGGAGCGGGGGGGGGCUCGGUAGAGCCUCUGCCCUGCCCGCCUCCUCGCCGGGGGGGCACGCAGAGCGGGCGGCCGCCUCAGCGCCAUUGCCGCGGCCUAGCUGUCUUUGCGGGAUGUUCGCUGUCUCCGCAGUAACGAAGGGCUCUGCCGCUUUUGAAGUGGGAGGAGAACGGUCAGGGUGGGCGCCUCACCAUACUCCCAGUGCAGCAGAUUACAGAAGGAUACCAUUUGAAGGCCUUGAUUUGCCUUCCAGAUGGGAACCUGGACAGUCCCAAAGCAAGUACUAGUGAUGGUAUAUUGAGAGUUCAUGGGAGAAGCUGGGGUCCAAGGAAUCAUUGCUAAUGACCAAAAAUAUCCUUUGAAGUAAAGAUUUGUGAUGAAGACGGAUUGUAACAGGAAGCUCAGCUUGGAGUUAGGGACCUAGCUUAGAAACACAGAUGGUGGAAGAUGAAACUGAGACAGCAAGUGAAGAAUUGCCUCCUCAUCUGCGGGAAGAGCCUCCUGAAGAUGCCAGCAAGGACCAUCCGCAGCAGCAGGCAGGGGUGAUCUGGAGAGUGACGGGUGGCCUGUUCAGUAUCACCCGGGGAGCCGUGGGAGCCACGCUGGGAGGAGUUGCCUGGGUGGGCAGCAAAAGCCUGGAGCUCACCAAAACAGCUGUAACCAGCGUCCCUGCUGCUGGCGUCGGACUGGUGAAGGGCAGCGUCUCAGCAGUGACCGGCGGCGUCGGAGCUGUGGGCAGUGCGGUCGCCAGCAAAGUCCCUUUCACCGCAAAGAAGAAGGACAAAGCUGACUAAUCCCCGUCACAGCUCCCUUCCGAAAGAUCAACCUGCCCAUACUCUCCCCCAACACAGCACCUCUUUGAGUUGGAACCAGCCUCUUCAGGGAGGGUCAAGCACCUGAGCAGACUCUGGCUGCAGCCUGCUCUGCACCGCCUGCCUGGCUCAGAGUUCACAGAGCCGCUGUCAAUGCCUUUCACUCCCAUCACCUACUGGGAACCAUCUUUACUCCGAGGGCUUUAAAGGCACCGUUGUCUCUGUCUUGCAGUUUCCUCUCUCCCUUCUUGCUCUUGUAAGCACAGAGGGGUGGGACAGGGCAUCAGGCUACAUCUGCCUAGAGGCAGGGGGAGUAACAGGGGAGGGGGAGGAACUAUGCCUGGCUUGAAGUGUGGGUUGUGUAGUCAAAUUCGACUUCAGCUGGGAAGACAGCCUCUGGAACACUCCUUCCCUUGGCGCUGGGAGGUGUGUUUGGGGGGUCUGCCUGGCGGAGAACCGUAGAAGAGAGUCCCACUCACACAAAGGAAAGAUACUGUGAGAAGGGGGAAGCCUCCCUCCUGCCCUGCACCUCUUACCUUUUCUUUGCAGGGCCCAUCCCACAGGCUGCUCCCAAUCACUUAAUCCCUGACUGAAUUGCACCCUUCAGAGAAGAAACCCUCAAGCUCAGCAGAGCAGCUCCGGGGAUGAUGCCACACAAGAGUAUGAUAUGUCUCAGGCCAUCAACUUCUACACAGAUUUUCUUGGUGAGAGGCAGGAGGAUGAAAGCUGCUGUAUGUUCUUGUGUGGGGAAGGAGCUGACAGUGGCAUCUGCCAGGCCUCUGUGAUAUUGCAGCACAGGUGGUGUUUGCUCCACAGAGAGACAAACCAGGCCUUUUGGUUUGACCCUUGAAGUCCUUGCAGUAUCCCCAUCUGCAACAGGGGCGUUUUGACUCUAGGCCACACUCUCACUCCACAGACGUCACUAGUAACCAUGAGCAAGUAUGUUCCCAAAUGCCACCCCAGUUCUGCUGCAGGGAGGGAAGGGAGGCCAAGAGCGAUGCUUUCCCAUGACUCAGCAGCCCGGGAGCAGUGGCUGGGUAUGAGUGGGCUGCGCCGCAUUGGAGAGCGCUUCCCCGAGGGGCUGAGCGCGCUCCAGCGGCAGCCAGCCUGCACGGGGCACCAGCAGCUCCUCCACUCGCUGCUCCCAGGACUCCGGCCCGGCUCCUCUAAAUGACCGUGUUGCACUAAAUAGCCCACCCACACUCAUAGUGCCACAGAAACCCAGACACCUGCCUCCAUGUGGGAGUCACAGCCAUCCUCAGCCUGGCCCAUGGUGCCCCGGGGGCCGUGUGGCAUCGUGUGCACACACACACGUGCACACAUGCAUGCACUCACUCACUCCAGGGUCCCCUGUAGUUCUCGGGAUGAGGAAAGCCACAGACUCCACUGUUAACUGUGCAGCUCCUGGCUUUGGCAGGUGAUUAGCCUAGGUCAUUAGGUGUUGGAUGCAAUAGGCAAGUGAAGCAGUACUUGUGCUGUAUUUUAUAAAUAUGCAUCAGUGUUAGCGAGUGUGUAUGUACCAGUCCACAGGCAUGUCUUCAGCCAGGUAAACAAAACUGUGCCACUGCCGCAGAGGAGUUCACAGUCACUUUCGGCACUUCCAGCGUAUAGUUUUUAUAUAGGGUCCUGGUCAAAAUAAAAAUCAUGUCUUAGAGGAUGUUUUCCCCUCUUGUUGCCCAAGAGUGUAGUUUAUUGAAACCAAAGGAAUGUGAAAAAUCCCCUUUGUCUAUGCGGUUUGUUUACUUUCUGCCCUAUCUUUUGGACAUUGAAGCCAACUUCCUUGAUCUUCAUUUCCCAUUAGAGGUCAUUGCCCUUCCUGGCUGCUCUCUUGUGCUUUAGGAUUCAGACAUCAGGGAAUAUUUAACUACCACCGCCCCCCCCACCAUUUUUGCUGAAUGUUCUUGGGCUUGUGAAACAGUUUUCAUUCUGACCUUUAUUAAAUCCACAUUUUGGGCCUGACGUAAGUCUCUGUGUCCCUGUGCUAGUCACGCUGGCGUUAGUCUCUCUCCAUACCCUUCUCUUGGGUAGUCCCCGCUGUUUGCAGUGGCAAGAAGUUGCUGAUCUCCAUAGUGUGUUCCUCUUGAUAUCGUGAGAGUGGUUUAACCUAUAUCUUUGUUUCUGAAGAAAAAUAGCAUUUGGUAUGUGUGUGGAUUUCCUCAGUCUCUUUUUUCUGGUGAAGGCCAGGUUGACCCAGAUGUGUCGGUUUUGUCUCUGAAGGCAGUGGCUUCACAGAAAGAUCAGGCCUUGAUGUGCGCCUGCACUUUGCUGCGAUGCUCAUGGCAGUUGGCAAGGCCAGAAGAAGUCUUGUCUGUUCUUCCUUUGUCUCAAAUGCCCUGCAAAGCAGGAGGACAGUUUGCACUGUGUGAAUCUCUGCUCACUGCUCUCCCUGAGUGCAUUUCAUUUCUUAUUCCAGAUCACAGGCUGCUCCUGGAGCCAGCUCUAACUCCAAAGCUAAAAGCUGCUUGGGCAUAACUAGCUGUGCUAUCACCGGCCCUCUUAGAAAUACAGUUUCUUACCUAUUGGACAGAAGACAGUCUUCUUCCAAACUGCCUCUCCCAGGCCGUGGGCAGGGGAAGAUAGUAUCUAAGGGGCUUUACUUCACCAGCCACCCCUGGGCAGAUGCUGGGAGGCUCAUCAUGCUUUUGGCUAACCACUAUCCCACACAGGCUCUUGCUGGGGGAGGCAAUAUAUCCUUCCCAAGCUGUUACCUGUGGGCACUGAGCUUGCAGAGCAGGCAUGGAAAAUGGGAUUAAGGUGCAUUAAGGAAGGCCAUAAGGGUCCUGAGGCUUUCCCCAUCUUUUUUAUUUCUGCUCUUCUCUGUGACCUUGCAGUAAAUGGAGUAAAGCUCUCCAUUGAAAGCCUUCUUGUCUGGAGCUGCCAUUUCCUUACAGAAUGGCCUGUAGAAGGGGAGAAGAGGUGUGAGGGGAACUCGCAGCCUAAAUCGCUGUUCUUAUAGCCCAGCUAACGGAGAACUCGUGGACCAUAAAUGGCAAAAGAGAUCAAAUUAGCAGGCAGGGGUAGGAGAUUAAAUCUACUCCAAAACCAGGGCCUCACACCGCUUAGCAGGCAUUCAGGAAUACGUAACUGUGCAGGAAUCAAAGGCUCCUGGAAAGUAUGUCUCUGUUAACAUCCUAGGCCUGCUCAAUUCAUCCAGGCAACCCAGCCCCAGGCCGCCUUUCUGGACACUCUCAGCACCAGAACAGAAGGAAAACAGAGUCGGUGUUCCCAGUCUAAGAGCCAAGAUGCCUCCUGACACCUUUGUUUGCAGGAUGGUAGGAUCUGGAUCCGGUGGGAAAGCUGCUGGCUCCUGACAGAUGCCCUAUCUUUCCUCCUCCCCCACUACAGACCGCAGCCAUCUCAGAGUCCACCUGAGCCACUGGUGCAGCCAUUCUCCCACCACCCCUUAGUGGCAAAAACUACAUUGUGCGUAAAUCCCAUUGCUACUAGGUGGAGGGAGCUGGGGCAGCACCGGUAUGGAAGAAAGGAUUGAAGUGAGUACAAGGAAGAUCACCAGCUUUCAGGUGACGGUGAGGGGGUGAAGAGGGACCAGUGAUAGAAGGAGGUGAGGAGCCGGGGAGCAAGAAGGAGGGGAGCUUGGGUGGAAUUUGUUUGUUAGGAUCUGAAUCAGAGAGGAAUAGAAUGGAGUUUGACCUGGGGAAAAACACAGAAAGGAAACUGUAUGAAUGUGGGUUUGGUGUGUAGUGGUGGUCCACACCUGGCUGGUGCCCAGCUUCCAUAGUAGUGAUGAUUGAUAGGGAUUUCCAUUUAGAUGGAUCGAUGUGCCCAAAGGAUGGUCCAAGCACCAGACCAGCUCCCUCCUUGCCACUCCCGUUUCCCAGAUCUCCCCCAGGCUUUUGUCAUAAUCUCCCCAUGGUGGAGGUGGGAUGUGGCCCUACACACAGCCCUGUACGCUGCCACAGCUGGACGUUCCCCAUGCCCCAAAAGUGUGCUCCGUCUGAGAGAAGAGCCCACAGGCACAUCCUCUCCUCCCUUUUCCCUUCACUCAUCUCAUUAUCCUUUUUUUUUUUUUUUUUUAAAUUUCUCCCUUAGCUUUCUGUCUCACCUCUGGGUAGAGCUCUCCAAAGCUCUCACCGAGACCUUCAUUAAACAUCCACGCUCAUAUUGGCUGGGAGGGCAGAGAGGGCAACUCUGCCCCCACAGCUCCCCUGGCUGGGAGAGAAGUGCAUGUCUUCCACCCCUCUCUGUCCCCUUGUGUUGUGUGUGUGGGAAAUCUUAACCCACUUCUUUUCCUCUGGGUUCCCUCGUUGGCUCUUGUCCCUGUGGGUGGGUCAUUUCUUGUGUCUCCAUUGCAAAGUCAUCCUUGUAAAAACAACAGUGGGAGCAGAAACACGGAGAUGGCUAGAGAGAGCCACAGAACUGCUGGAACACAUACUGGGGCCCGACUCUGCUUCUCUAGGAGCUGAGCAGCCCUCUGGUAACCCAAAACCGUCACUGCGGCCGCGUGGUCCUGUGCACGGUGCUGGGCUCCAGAGAACACUUUUGUUCUUUUAUCAUUUCAGUGUCUGUAAUUGGUUUCCUACUGAAUUUGUUUGCUUGGUUUGUUUUGCAGUGUGUUUCUGGGAAUAUUCUGCAUCUCUGUAUUUUAAUUACAGUAAAAUUUGAGGAUAAAAA